CAACGCGCACUUCGCCAGAAUCUGUCUGAUCGAUGUAGGUGAUUGAUAAUAGGUUUGGGUUUGGAUUUGAGCUCGUGCUGUGUUGUGGGUGAAGCGCGCACGGGCUGCAGGCAGUGUGUGUGUGUGUUCGUUCACUCCGCGCGCGACCUGUCGGGGUGCGCGCGCCGGGCUGCUGUUAUUUUCCAGCGAUUUUUUUGUUCUGAUUUUAUCGGGAAGCAGCGCGCGCUGGGAUCCCGCUGAACUGCAUACCCUCGCGACCCCCGGGGGCCCGGGGGGCUUUAUACGAGGAGCCUUUCUGCGGAGUGCUGGGGGUCCCGAGCACAGCGCUCGCAAACAGGGAAUGAAGUGAUACUAGUGUGGUAGUGAAUGUUACACACUCUACGCAGAAGGAGGCUAAAGUAGUGGUGGAGAAGUUAGAAGUCAGGGCACCAGUGUAAGGAUUGCUCCGUCAGAGUCCGCUACAUACUGGAUAUGGACCCCGACACCCCACAGCCCUCACGCAGUGGCCGGGACCCUCGCCUGCCCGGCCCCUCGGGAGAGCUCUCAGGUUUCCGGAACAAACCUCCAGACUUCCCCCUGCGCAUGCUGGUGCCCAGCCAGUUCAUAGGAGCCAUCAUCGGCAAGGAGGGGCUGACCAUCAAAAACCUCACCAAGCAAACACAGGCCAAGGUGGAUAUCCACCGUAAGGAGAAUGCAGGAGCAGCAGAGAAGCCCAUCACCAUCCACUCCACCCCGGAGGGCUGCUCCGCCGCCUGCCGCAUGAUCCUCCAGAUCAUGCAGAAAGAAGCCAACGACACCAAGGUUACAGUAGAGAUCCCUCUGAAGAUUCUGGCUCAUAACAGUCUGGUGGGUCGGCUGAUCGGGAAGGAGGGGAGGAACCUGAAGAGGAUCGAGGAGGAAAGCGGGACCAAGAUCAACAUUUCAUCGCUGCAGGACGUGAGUGUGUAUAUCGCGGACAGGACGAUCACGGUGAAGGGCAGUGUUGAUGCGUGCUGUAGAGCUGAGGAGGAGAUCAUGAAGAAACUGAGGGAAGCGUACGACAAUGACACCUCUGCUGUUAAUCACCAUACAGGUCUAAUCCAUGGAAUGAACCUCAACACUUUGGGCAUCUUCUCCUCAGGGCUCUCCAUGCUUCCCUCAAACUCCUCCCCAUACAGGACCCCCAACACACCACACACUGCCUACAGCCCCAUAAUGGGUCACUCUGCAAACCUGGCGGGCCUGUAUGGACGUUCACCAGCUGCUGCUCACACUCACUCUCACUCAGCUGCUGAGCAGGAGGUGGUCUACCUCUUCAUCCCCACCCAGGCUGUGGGGGCUCUGAUUGGGAAAAAGGGACAGCAUAUUAAACAGCUCGCACAAUACGCUGGAGCAUCUAUUAAGAUCGCUCCUGCAGAGAAUCCAGAUGUUACAGAAAGAAUGGUCAUCAUCACUGGACCUCCUGAAGCUCAGUUUAAGGCUCAGGGCAGGAUAUUUGGAAAGCUAAAGGAGGAGAAUUUUUUCUCGGCGAAAGAGGAAGUGAGGCUGGAGACCCACAUCAAAGUUCCCUCCUCUGCAGCUGGACGGGUCAUAGGGAAAGGCGGGAAAACGGUUAAUGAGCUGCAGAAUAUGAGCAGUGCUGAGGUCAUAGUGCCCCGUGAUCAGACUCCAGACGAGAACGACGAGGUGUUUGUAAAAAUCAGCGGCCAUUUCUUUGCUAGCCAGACAGCACAGAGGAAGAUCAGGGAGAUAAUUCAGCGGGUCAGGCGUCAUGAGCAGAAACAACAUCUUGGACCCUCAGAACCGCACAACUCCCAGUGACCUCCAGGGGACGACCACAGCUGGCGAAUGUAGUCCUCCUGGCCAGCAGGGGGAGCCAGGGUGUCCUACCAAGCAGAGUGAUCUACAGCGUGUGUGUGGCGUGAGAGUGUGUAUUGCAGAUUGUGACAGUGGUGCUAACAUCCUGAUAGCCACUGUUCAUCAUCUGGCCAUGUAGCCAAUAAAUGAAAAGAAGGCGGGGCUUGCACUGUGGACACACCCCUGGGCGUGUUAUUCUGAGGAGUGUAUGAACCGUAUAGCCGUAACGUUUGGGCUUACCUUAGGAGGAGCUGGAUACGUCGUUCUACUGCAGAACUGACCUGUGUAGAACAGAACAUGGACAGAACCGAGCUAAAAAAACAUACAGGGGUUGGACAAUGAAACUGAAACACCUGGUUUUAGACCACAAUAAUUUAUUAUCCCAACGGACAGUUCUGGUGGAAACAGGAGAGUUGAUGUGCACAUUCAAUUCUGCCGUAAUUUGGGCAGCCAUGGUUUUAUGUUUUAUGGAUCCUCUUGCGUCCACAGUUAAUCCUGUUGGAUGUGGUUGGUCCUUCUUGGUGGUAUGCUGACAUUACCCUGGAUACCGUGGCUCUUGAUGUAUCACAAAGACUUGCUGUCUUGGCACCAACAGCAAGACGUGCACCAACAAUUUGUCCCAUAAUGUUGUGUGCAUUGCAAUAUUUUGAGUAAAACUGUGCUCUUACCCUGCUAAUUGAACCUUCACACUCUGCUCUUACUGGUGCAAUGUGCAAUUAAUGUAGAUUGGUCACCAGGCUGCUCCAAUUUAGCCAUGAAACCUCACACACUGAAAUGACAGGUGUUUCAGUUUUAUUGUCCAACCACUGUAGGUAUCGUUACACACUGUUAUCGCAGAUGUUUCUAUGUAGCAGAUUUAAUUUUUAUUUUAGAAUCAGCAAAAAAAGUUCUGUAGUUGAUUACAGCUGCACCAUAUGUCCAAAUGUUUGUGGACAACCUUUCUUUUUUUUAUACAUUUAUUUCUUAUUUUGUUCCCAUUUUCUCCCCAGUUUACAAGGCCAAUUGCCCAACCCACUCAUUAGGCCUCUUUUUGAACUGCUGCUGAUGCAUUGUAGCAUUACCGAGUAGCAUCACAGCGCUAACACUCGGAGGAAAGCGCAGCGACUCGGUUCUGAAUCAUCAGCUCACAGACGCAGCCUUGUGCUGAUCCACAUCACCCUAGGAGUGAUGAGGGGAGGGAGCACCAUCUACUGUACCCACCCAGAUAGAGCAAGACCAAUGGUGCUCUCUCAGGGCUCCAGCAGCUGAUGGCAAAGUACAUUAACAGGAUUCGAAACGGCUAUCUCCUGUUGUGGAUAACCUUUCUGAUGAAUGCAUUUUACCUACUUUAGAUUGCAUCCAUUGCUGACACAGAUGUGCAGAUCCGUGCACAACGUCUAGUCUAGUGCCUAUAGAGAAGUACUGCCAAUAGAAUAGGACUCUCUGGAACAGAUAAACAAUUAACAUGAACCUACUGACGCCAUGUCUAAUGCCAGGUGUAGACAAGGUCCUUGCAUUGAGCUAUAGGGCAGGGGAACUGUAAUUUUAUGUAGAUUUUAAGUCACAUGUCCUAAUAACAUGCGGUGUGACAUGUCCGGUGUGUGAUGGCAGUGUAGGGAUUUGGUGUGAAAUAGUUUUUUUUCUGUAAAGUCACUACAACACAAAUUUAGCCAGAGUACUGUUAUUUACUAUCCAUACCCACCAAUAAACAUUUAAUUAUUCAAUUAUGAAGUGAAAAUUGAAUGCUACUAACAACAAAAUGCUAAAGUUGCAUUAAUAAAUGAAUUAUUUUUUAUUAAUAAGUGCAGUUUUUGGGACUGAUGGCUUAGAUUUUGAAGUUACCACUGACCACAAUUUGAAGAUAUCACAAUACUGUCAUUCUGUCAGUGGAAUCUAAGUCAUUGGUAAAUGCUGGGCGUGGCUCAGGUUCAGGCCUCAUUAUCGUUGCUAUCAGGGUCAUUACUGUCUGACUGAAUAAACAACUGAUUUCAUAGUGGAUUCAGACUAACCCAAAUCUAAUAAAACAGCUGUAGUUCUACUGAA